AAAGUCACAAAAAUCAAUCCAGAGUAAACUUCCGGAAAAUCGUUGACGAAUCAACCUACAUCGUAUCGUCAAGAUCUGGUUUAAUGACAAAGCAAAGCAGAUGGUGAAGAUUUUAAGCAAUGGGGACAUCGUUCCCGAUAAUGACCCCAGGGCAUCCACUGCAACUGGCAGUUCAUCAAAUUCUCAGCAACCUCGCCAAAGACAGGGAUUUGUUCGUCAUGAUGAGGCAGGACAACAACAAUAUGGACAACAAGUUUCAAUAUUUGAGAUUGCCAAUCAGAAGCUACAGGGAUUAGGAAUUCCGAGCUGGAAUCUUGGACAAUACACUGUACAGCCAAUCGUAACAGUAGGCUGCCUUAUAGCGCUAAUGGUAUUUGGACUACCCGGAAUUAUAUUUGCAGCAGUUUUAUUCUUCGUUGUAAACUGGAGUCAGCAAAGUUCGAGACAACAGAACAAUCCUGGUGGGCCAAGACAGCCAAGGGGAAAUAACUGGGGUGGGGGUGGGCAUCGAUUAGGAUGAAUUGGAAUGAAAGGGCUUAAUUAAAAGUGUGUAGUACAUAGUAUUUACUCCAACAUAAGAAGUACAUUUUAGUCCAAACAAAAGAAAUCUCUUUCUGUCCAAGGUUUCAGUGCCUCUUAUAAACCACAUAAAAUUUUUGGCUUACUUUCGGCAGCAUGGGGGGAAAUUCUGAAAUGCAGUUUUGAAAAACACCAUAUGCUAAAUCUGAACCAUAAUUUCAUUGCAAAAAGAAAAACAGGAUUUGUAACAAUUAUUUUGUUAGGCCUGCCCUCGGUAACAAUUCAGGGAUCUUAUAUUUUCACUGAAAUUUUGUUUGUACAAUGAAUAUGAUUUGUGAAUGCAGAGAAAAUUUGUGUACUUCAUCUUCAGUAGGACUAGCUUGUGGCUCAGUUUACCAUAUCCCUAUUUGGAGGAAUUUUUUCUUCAAUUCAAACAUAUUUUUCCAGGAUUUCUCAGCUUAUCAUACUGUCUGUCCUACCAAGUUAUUAUUUUUCAAGCGUGUGUAAAAAUUAUUACAAUUUAUAAAUGGCACUUGUUUUUCAUAUCUAAGCAAGGUUGCAGAUAAUUCAUUUGUGUUGGAAUGUAUGUCAAUCAAUGCAAUACUGAUUAAAUAAUACAAGAAUUUCAUUUGACACUUGAGAUAUGGCUAUCGCUCCCCAUAAUUGAGUUUGACUCUGAUGUUUGCAAGCUUAAGGCCAUAUCUAUUUUACAUGUACAUUGUAUAUCCCUUUAGAUUUGCGACUUGAGUUCUAUUGCUAAAUGUCAAAGGUUGUGAUGUUGUAGUACAUGUGUAUGUACCCCAAUAUUCAGUAGUACUAUGCAGAAAACACAGAUUCAAUAUUUAUAUGAUACUACAUUUACUUUUAAAUUCUAUUUAUCAUGUGAUAAUCCGAAGGGUUCUGAUAUGUUAAUGUAUCGCCUUUAAAGCUGCCUUAUGGUGAUUUAACAUCAGAAUUCUUACCUACAGAAAACGAAGCAAUUUUUCUGACCCACUCUCAGGUCAGGGCUUAAACAAUAUUUGGAGAACGAUGAACAGGGAGUUAAAUAUAUAUGUAAGCUAAUAAAAUAUUGUCUUACAUUUUAAUCAAUGUACAUUAUGUAUACCUUUUAUGUGUCAGGUUGAAGGGAACAGGGGAAAUAAUUAUCAAUGCUGACCUGAGGGUGGGUUGGGAAAAUUGCUUGUUUUCUGUAUGUAAGAAGUUCUGACCUAUCUGCAUAGAUAGAAAGAAAAUUUGGACUAAUCAUUUGAUGGCUUCUAUUUAAAGAAGUAAAACUUAUCACUAUAUUUUUACAUACAUCAUCACAGGAUCAGUGAAAAAGAAUAAUAUGGCCAACUUUCAUCUGCAACAUAACUUAAAUUAAGAUUUCUCAUAGGAAAGCAUCAGAAUUUAAAGGGAAAAUUUUAGUUCUGGAACCUUCCUUUAGUACUGAUAUACUUUUCUAUUGAAAAAUUGAAGUUAAGGAAAAUGGAUGAAACUGGCCCGAGGUAGUCGACUUAGAAACUCACAUCCAACAAUAUCAGUCUGUUGACAUAUCAUUAUAUUGUCACUAGCAGCAUAUAAUUGUUGUACAGUAUGUGUUCAGGUGAUAAAUUUAAAUUUGAUUUUCAUAUUGUUGAAAUUUAAAUGUAUUUAAAUCUUCAACCUUGUGCAAUAGAUGUUAAGAUUUUUUUUUAUAUAUUGUAUUACCAAAAAGUGACUAUUUUAAUAUGAAACUUCAAACACAUUAUGUGUGUUGUAACAAUAAAUAUGUUCAUUGUCACCUGCCAUUCAUAAAUUUCUACUCUCAGUGUCAUUUUUUUGGGUCAGAGAUUACCAAAAUUUCUGUUUGGAUAUCAACUUCUAAUUUGAGAAAUUCCCAAUGAAACAUGACUUCACCUUUAAGAUGAGGACAGGCAAGGGGUCAAAGGUCACAUCUGGGCGUUACUUGCCAGGACAGCAAUUUUUGGUUCUACAAACAUAUUUUGUAUUAGAUCUAGUAGCAUACACCCUUAAGUUAUAAAUGUAAAACAUUGAGGUGGAGGACACAAGGCAUCACUUUAGUAGGAUUGGAUCAGAAUUAAAUACAUUUGUAUAUAGACAGAAUGGUCAUUUGUUUUGAAAUGUAUAUCAUAAAAAUAAAUUAUUGAUUAAAAACUA